AUGGCAAGUUCAACAUCAGCGGCUCGAACGUCUUCACACAGCAGUAGGGACGAAGCGACUGCGCACAAAGAACCAAUCCUCUUCUACGGUAAUGCGUGCCCACAUGCUGAGCGUCGCUUCAUCGAAGCCAUCGAAAAUAGGGGGGAGUUCUGUUCCCACAUCCUACUCACCAGCCGAAGCGCCUACAGACUACGUUAUUCACUUGCUGAAAAUCUGGCAGACGAACAAAAUCUAGACGAUUUGGAUCAAUCAUCCAAGAACCAUGACUUCUGCUCGUGA